AUGCUGGGAUGUCGUUUGCGCGGGCUGGGCUUUUCAGGCAUAGGCAUCGUUGCCGCGGAAGUUACUACAGAGGACCUACAGAGGUAUGGUACAACCGCCGUUACUAGACUUGACCACAGGCUCACACCUAGCGGGAAUAACCCGCGACGCUCGUUCCCUCCUUCCUUGCUCAUAGCCUCCAAAGCUAAUGUGACCAGCGUAAUUUCCUCACACCAAAACACCCGCCUCACGUAUUCCUCCCUACAUACACAGUCCACCUCCCUCGCCCACGGCCUCAAGAGCCUGGGCGUGCAGCGCGGCGACAGGGUCGCCGUCUCGCUAGGGAAUAAUAUCGAGUUUGCGCUCGCGACGUAUGCCAUAUUUAAGCUCGGCGCUGUUCUUGUACCUCUCAACCCCUCAUUCAACACCGCACAAGUAGUCUCGGCCCUAAACCACCUUUCCGCCACGCACUUGCUCAUAGGGCUAGAAACGAAUCUGCCUCGGAAGCCACCGAGGAGUAAUUAUAAAUUGCUGAGGGAGUUAGUGCCCGGUUGUCAGAGUGGGGGAGUGGUUGCUAGUGAGUUGGUGCCGUCGUUGGGGAGGGUUGUUGUUGUUGAUAAUACAAGGGACAAGGGGAAAGGGGGGGAUGGCUUUAAGGCGUUUUCGAAGUUUCCGGAUGUGCUGGAGGAUGGAGAGGGAAAGGCACAUCUGACUGAGGAGGGGAUGGGGGUUGACGACGUUGUUAAUAUCCAGUUUACUAGUGGGACGACGAGUUUGCCGAAAGCCGCGUGCUUGACUCAUCGUUCUAUACUGAAUAAUGGGAAGAGCAUUGGUGAUAGAAUGCUCCUGACGAAUAAGGAUGUUAUAUGCUGUCCUCCACCGUUAUUCCACUGCUUUGGUAGCGUUCUAGGCUACAUGGCCUCUGCGACACACGCCUCCUGCAUCGUAUUCCCUGCCGAAUGCUUCGACGCGAAGGCAACCCUUCAUGCCGUGCAACAGGAAAAGUGCACAGCACUGUAUGGUGUGCCGACAAUGUUCACGGCGGAGCUAGAGCUGUUGGCCAGCGGGGAGGUGGAACAGAAAGGUUUCGAGCAUAUCAGAACUGGGAUUGCGGCUGGGAUAUAUGACUCCCCGAGUUUGAAUGACUGA